GAGGUUUCGAAUCCAAAUGAAUAUUCAUAUGUUCGGGGGCUUCUAACGUAGCACGUAUACAUGAGAGUUUUAUAUCCGGUUUGGAAUUAUCCUGUUAAUUCGAUAUCGAAAUUGUGGGUUUCAAAGGUCUCCUAACUGAAGGUGUUGAUGUGCCAUUUAUUCCGUUAACACGGAUAGGCAAAGGUUAUCUAAAGCACCAGCAACAACUAAUAGUGCGGAAGUCGUCUUACCAGAAAGCAAACCAGAUUCAAUAUUGAGACUAGACACAGGGAUGUUGUUGGAAUUGCGUUCCACUAUCAAUAUCUUGCCAUGCCAGUCAGCCAACAGUUGGCUGGUUGCUCAGCAAGAAAGUACAAAAUGAUUGCCAUGCUCCAUGCUAUCACAAAAUUCGAGUUUCAUUCUAAGAGUCCUUUUUCUUUAGUCUAUAAUCAGCAGCAACACAGGUUCAAUACAUAACUUUCAAACAUGUCCGAGAAUACCGUUCUUAUCACAGGCUGCAGUGAUGGUGGUAUCGGAAGUGCUCUCGCGCUUACAUUCCAGAAAUUGGGAUUUCAAGUAUUUGCCAGCGCUCGAAAUGUCUCCAAUAUGACAGCGCUCAAGGGCUUGCCUAGGUUGACCUGCUUGGUGCUCGAUGUAACGGACCCUCAACAAAUUCAGGACGCGGAGGAGCUUGUCCGCAACAAAUGCGGAGGCUCUCUUGAUAUUCUCAUCAAUAACGCAGGACGUAACCAUUUCUCGCCAGUACUUGAUAUCGACUUAGAUGAAGCAAAGAAAAUCUACGAUAUUAACCUUUGGGGACCUUUGAUGCUCAUCCAGAAGUUUUCUCCUCUUGUUAUUCCAGCAAAAGGAUCAAUUAUCAACAUCACUUCCAUCUCAGGCUAUGUUAAUGUUCCUUAUAUGGGACUUUAUGCAGCAUCAAAAAGAUCUUUAGAAAUCCUCAGUGAAACAUUACGUCUUGAACUUCAACCAUUCGGCGUCCAUGUGUCAUCUAUUGUCACUGGUGCGGUCCAAACAAAUGGUCAGACCUACUUCGAGGACUGGAAGCUUCCCCGAGACUCUUUGUACAAGCCCAUUGAGAGUACCAUUCACAAACGAGCCCGCGGCGGCGAUGGUGUUAUUCGGAUGAAUACAAUGGAGUAUGCAGAGCAAGUUGUGAAAAGUAUUGUCGGCCGAAACAGUGAUGGAAGGUUUUGGUGUGGAGCAAAUGCUACACGGACAAAGUUAGGAUCAGCUAUAACACCACAGAGGAUUUCGGAUGGUUUCAUGGUGAUGGGAUGUGGAUUGGACGAGCUUGCAAGCAAAUUGAAGGAGACUUAACCUUAAGGAAGUUUUCUGCUCUUAACCUCUCACCUGAAUAAAAUGUAGUUGAAAACGACUACUUGCUGGGGGAGAUACUACGAACAUAUAAAUCUAUUUCAAACAUAUUUCCGUUCAGGACAUGCUUAAGAAGAAAGGUUCUCUCUGGCGAACGGCCUGACAAAGAAGGCCAAGAAUAUCGCUUGUGUAGUGGCACAUCAUUUCGUCUUUAUUAUGGAUUUCCAAUUAUGAGAUUCUGGGGAUUAUUUGAGCUACGAUGGUGACUUGCAGCAAUAAAUCCUUUCCCGAGAAGUCACUAAGUGAGAGAUUCUAAGCACGUUUCAUACUUACAAGCGUUUCCGGCUGUGUCCAAAUUAUGCAGUGCGCAGAUACUUGAUAUUAUAUCAAUUAUGUUAAGAAUGUUAAGAAUGUCUCCGAAGCCGAUAGACA